GCCGAAAAAGUACUCCCAGGAAACAGCAGAUUUCCCCGGUUUACCAUGUGAUCACUUAUCAGCUGAUUCGUGACGUUUUACAAGGAAGACGAAACUCGACAACAAAACAUGAUACAUUUACUUGCCAAAUUACUCCCUGAAGAAUGUCCAAAACUAUUACACAGGGUGGUGGAUAGUGUAUGUGGGCGGGAGUCCCCUCGGAUGGCAGACUAUGGUGACAUGUGGACCCUUGUAGAAUGGAUGGAGGUCCUCGACUCCCUCUCCUCUCUGUUCCGGCUCGCCGUCGGUAAGAACACCCCAGACAAAGAGGUGCUGGCAUCGUUGGCAGACGUGGGCCGGGGGUACGGGGAGGCCGUGCUGACCGUCCUGAGGGCCAGACGGGAGGAGAUCCGCCAGGCGCUGGUGGAGAGGACCAAUAACGUGUCCAGCUCCACCCUCCAGGACUUUGACUGGCAUAUAAAGCUGGCAUUGGCCAGCGAUAAGAUCUCGUCUCUCCAGACCCCUCUACUCAACCUCAGUUUGGACGUGAAGGAGAACGGUGCCCUGAAGCCUGUGUCUGUCGAGAUGAACCGAGAGGAAUUACAAACACUCAUCAGCUCAAUGGAGGCUGCCAAUAAGGUGGUACUACAGCUGAAGUGAUGGUGGUGAUAGACAUUUAUUUCACUGUGCCCUUUCAUCUAUGGCUCUUAAGGGGACGUGCUAUUUCAUCAUAGAUGGACACUGAACUAUGAUGCAGUGUCUUUCUGGAAACAGUGGUCUGAUCCAGAUACAGCUUUUAGCCUUCAACCCCCUUAGGCACUGAUUCCUACGCUUCCCCUAAUGAAUUCAAAGUCAUUGAAUUUGUGUAAGCAUGGGAUUGUGGGUGUUGCGCCAUAUUCCAUUUAUUUUCAAUCCAUGAGGGGGUGUGAAUGAGUGCACAUUUUAGGGAAAAGGAUAUAGAAUCAUACUGCAGCCUAAUACACUGCAGCAAGAAGUAGUCUUUUGUACUUUUUAUUUUUGCUGUUUUUUUUGUAAUCCAUUCUAUUACUGUGUAAUAAAUAUUAACGUUUGACCUUU